CCCUGGGGCUGGGAGUUGGAGAACCGGGAGCGGAGCUUCAAAAGUGUCUGGAAACUUCAGUGGCGCGGCGGCUUAGCCUGUCUCAGCCCGGGAACACUUCUCUGCAGGGAGGAGAGAGAAGGGGGUGCAAGCGUCUCCCCGGUUUUUGCUCUCUUUCCUCCUCCUCCUCCUCCCGUCCAGUUCUUCUUUCUCACCGCUUCUGGGAGCGGGCGGCUGCCGCUGGUCCCCCCCGCGCCUCGCCGAGCGCCGCAGCCGGGCCGCCGCAGGCUCCCCGGGAGACGCCAGUCCCGGCAGCCGAGGGGAGAGGAGCCCCCGAGCCGCAGCGGCUUCUCGCCUUUCCCGGCCCCUCCUGCCCCCCGCCCCGGGCCCGCCGUAUGAAUCUCCUGGACCCCUUCAUGAAGAUGACCGACGAGCAGGAGAAGGGCCUGUCCGGCGCCCCCAGCCCCACCAUGUCCGACGACUCGGCGGGCUCGCCCUGCCCAUCGGGCUCCGGCUCGGACACGGAGAACACACGGCCCCAGGAGAACACUUUCCCCAAGGGGGAGCCGGACCUGAAGAAGGAGAGCGAGGAGGACAAGUUCCCCGUGUGCAUCCGCGAGGCGGUCAGCCAGGUGCUGAAGGGCUACGACUGGACGCUGGUGCCCAUGCCCGUGCGCGUCAACGGCUCCAGCAAGAACAAGCCGCACGUCAAGCGGCCCAUGAACGCCUUCAUGGUGUGGGCGCAGGCGGCGCGCAGGAAGCUGGCCGACCAGUACCCGCACCUGCACAACGCCGAGCUCAGCAAGACGCUGGGCAAGCUCUGGAGAUUACUGAACGAGAGCGAGAAGCGGCCUUUCGUGGAAGAGGCGGAGCGGCUGCGGGUGCAGCACAAGAAAGACCACCCGGAUUACAAGUACCAACCGCGCCGGAGGAAGUCGGUGAAGAACGGCCAGGCAGAGGCCGAGGAGGCCACCGAGCAGACCCACAUCUCCCCCAACGCCAUCUUCAAGGCGCUGCAGGCCGACUCCCCGCACUCCUCCUCCGGCAUGAGCGAGGUGCACUCUCCGGGCGAGCACUCGGGCCAAUCGCAGGGCCCACCGACGCCCCCAACCACCCCCAAGACCGACGUGCAGCCGGGCAAGGCUGACCUGAAGCGAGAAGGGCGCCCCCUGCCCGAGGGGGGCCGACAGCCCCCCAUCGACUUCCGCGACGUGGACAUCGGUGAGCUGAGCAGCGACGUCAUCUCCAACAUCGAGACCUUCGACGUCAACGAAUUCGAUCAGUACCUGCCGCCCAACGGCCACCCCGGGGUGCAGACCACGCACGGCCAGGUCACCUACACGGGCAACUAUGGCAUCAGCAGCACGGCGGCCACCCCGGCGGCGGCGGCCGCAGGGGGCGCAGGCCACGUGUGGAUGUCCAAGCAGCAGGCGCCCCCGCCGCCCCCGCAGCCUCCCCAGGCCCCGCAGGCCCCGCAGGCGCCCCCGCAGCCGCAGCCCCCCCAGGCCCCGCAGGCGCAGCCCCCGCAGCCCCCAGCUCACACGCUGACCCCCCUGAGCAGCGAGCCGGGCCAGGCGCAGAGAACGCACAUCAAGACGGAGCAGCUGAGCCCCAGCCACUACAGCGAGCAGCAGCAGCACUCGCCCCAGCAGAUAGCCUACAGCCCCUUCAACCUGCCGCACUACAGCCCCUCCUACCCACCCAUCACCCGCUCCCAGUACGACUACAGCGACCACCAGAACUCCGCCUCCUACUACAGCCACGCGGCCGGCCAGGGCUCCGGUCUGUACUCUACCUUCACCUACAUGAACCCGGCGCAGCGACCCAUGUACACCCCCAUCGCCGACACCUCCGGGGUCCCCUCCAUCCCGCAGACCCACAGCCCCCAGCACUGGGAACAGCCGGUCUACACACAGCUCACCCGGCCUUGAGGAAGAGAAAGGGAAUGAAUGAGGCCUGGAGGAGGUGUGGGGAGGAGAGGGUGGCCAAGAUGACCCUCAGAGUAACAGCCCGAAGACAGAAAGAUAACCAGCCUGCGAUUCCUUCCCCCCCCACCCCGCCCCACCCCAUACCCCCACCCUUGGGACAUUUUUUUUUUUUCUGAUUCAUUCCUUCAAGACAUUGGCGCUGAAAGAAAGAAA